AAAAAUAAAGAAGAAAGAGAGACAAACCCGCGGCAUUGUCUGUGUCUAAAAAACAUCGUCUCAGAGAAAAAAUUACAUCUUCUUUUAUUCACUCACAAAUUCUACUCAAUUUCUGAGAUAAUUUCGGUAAUUUAAAGACAAAUUUUUUCACUAAAUUCAACUAAUUAUCCAGCAUUGUUUGGAUUCAUCUACAAAAGCCUUGAUUCACGGCAAAGGUUUUUAGGUUUGAUUGAGCUAAGAGUUUGAUAAAUUUUGAUUAGCAGUUUAUAAGAAUUUUUUCAUUCGAGUGUUUGUGGAAAUGGAAGAAAGAGAAGAGACUAGACUUGAUAUGAUACAGAGAUUACAAUCUUCAUUUGGAACUUCAUCAUCAUCUAUUCCUAAACAGCAACAGCAACAGCAACAACAACAUAAUAAGUCUACUAAUCUAUUCGAUCUUCCUGAUCAGUUAAUUACUUCACAGAAUCGUGUUCCAAUGCGUCAUUUUUCGCAGAAUUAUAGUCCUGAUAAUGGUAAUAAUAGCAGCAAUAAGAGAAUGGGAAUACCUCCAUCUCACCCACAAAUUCCACCUGUAUCUCCUUACUCUCAGAUCCCAGUCUCUCGACCGGCUCAACAAACUGGUUCUCAGAAUUUUGGUCAAGGACCUUCGCAUUCUAGAUCUUUGUCUCAGCCUGCAUUUUUCAAUUUGGAUUCCUUGCCCCCGUUAAGCCCCUCACCAUAUCGAGACUCUUUGUCUCCCUCAGUUUCUGACCCUACCGAUGUUUCAAUGGAAGAUCGGGAUGGUAAUUCACAGACUCCACCAUCUCAUUCAUUCACGAGAGGGAAUUCUCCUCGUGUGGGUGAGAGCCUCCCCCCACGCAAGGCGCAUAGGCGUUCUAGCAGUGACAUUCCGUUUGGGUUUUCUACUGCUAAUUAUUCUUCGCCACUCCCACCUAAGGGCCAAUCUAUAUUUGACCGAUCACAAUCUGCAAAAGAGAAUUCAACUGCAGGUAAGCCAAUUACGCUGGUGAAGCGAGAAUCAGAAUGGGAUAAAGAGGGAGAUAACAUUGCUGAAGGGAUGGGCGAGAGGAAAUCUGAAGGAGAAGUAGUCGAUGAUUUGUUCUCUGCUUAUAUGAAUUUGGAUAACUUGGAAGCGCUGAACUCGUCGGAGACAGAUGACAAGAAUUGUCAUGAUAAUGAUAGCAGAGCCAGUGGCACGAAAACAAAUGGGGUUGAUAGCAGCGAUAAUGAAGCAGAAAGUAGUAUAAACGAAAGCUGUAAUAGUAUGCAGCGCGUGAACUUAAGUUCUACUGUGGACAAGAAAGAAGGGAAUAAAAGGAGUGCGGGAGGAGAUAUUGCUCCGACUGGACGUCAUUGCAGAAGUAUUUCUAUGGAUAGUUUCAUGGAUAGACUUCCGAGCUUCGGGGAGGAAUCACCAAAAUUGCCACCAUCCCCCGGUGUGCGCUCUGGUCAACACUCGCAUAGCAAUUCUUUGGAUGGGACCACUAAUACCUUCAGCUUGGAGUUUGGAAAUGGUGAAUUUACUGGAGCUGAGUUGAAAAAGAUCAUGGCUAAUGAAAAACUUGCUGAGAUUGCAAUGGCUGAUCCCAAACGCGCAAAGAGGAUUUUGGCUAAUCGUCAAUCGGCUGCCCGUUCUAAGGAACGAAAGAUGAGGUACAUCUCAGAAUUGGAACACAAGGUGCAGACUCUACAGACAGAAGCUACCACAUUAUCUGCGCAACUGACACUGUUACAAAGGGAUUCUGCAGGGCUUAAUAAUCAGAACAGCGAGUUAAAGUUCCGUCUUCAAGCCAUGGAACAACAAGCGCAACUGAGAGAUGCUCUAAAUGAGGCGUUGACUACGGAAGUCCAGCGAUUAAAGAUUGCUACUGCAGAAAUGGGUGGUGAAGGUCGCCCUUCCAACUCCAUGACUGCUCAACAAAUACGCAUGAGCCCUCAACUGUUCUACCAGUUGCAACAGCAGAAACAACAACAGCAGCAGCAGAAACAGCAACAAACAACACCACCACAGCAGCAGCAGCAGACCAACACUGAAUCUACAAAGCAAGAUUAACGGUGGAAACAAGACGAUUAAAAUAUGAUUUGUUAUUCUAUUUAUUUUUAUAUGCUUCCCUUUUUGCUUGUCUUGGUUACAAUGUACCUACAAGCUAAAACCUCAAAAGGUCAUUAAAGGCUUUCUUUUGUGUUUGGCUCAGGUUUAAGUUAGGGGUGUUACUUUAUAAAAUAACUUAUGUUGUUCAGUCUUUUCUUUUUAGAUAGUGAUAAAUUAUGUGCAGGGAAAGAUUCAGAUUGAAAUUAGGCGUUAACUUGGUACAGCCGCAAGGUGUUGUAUGUUUGUGAACAAUAAAGCGGGGUUCAUAUUUGAGACAUUAUGUUUAUUCCAA